AUGUAUGAACUGGCAUUAUCAGCUGCUGAUACACCAGGUCCGUGUCCAUCAGGUGCUAUUGGUUCAACGUGUCAAAAUAAAGCUACCGAUACUGAAUGUAGAUUAGCGUUUGCAGAUGAUCCUAUUGUAAACGACAAUCGAGUAUCGUCUAAUUGUAUGACAAUGAAAUUUUUUGCCGAAAUGUGCAGAAGCAGAUGUCUAAGUUGUUGUCUUCUUCCUGAAUAUGGUUGUUCAGAUGAACCGAAUGUAGUUCCCAUGUCUUGUGCAGAUGUAAAAAAGCAAAAUCUAUGUAAUAGUACUGAUCCAGUCUUGCAAGAUGCGAUCCAGCGAGGUUGUGCUCAAACAUGUGGGCUAUGUUCCACAUCAAGUUGUAAAGAUAUGAAUGGGCAAUAUUGUAUUACCAAUGAAGCAAAAUGUAAAUGUGCUGACAAAGUUAAUAACUGUGAUCCUAAUUAUUGUGAAAUUCCUGCUUAUAAAUAUAUCCUGGAAGAACAAUGUAAAAAAACUUGUGGAAAAUGCUAG